UUUGUAUUUCUUUUAAGUAGUGAAAGAUUUCCCAUUUCUCAUAUUUUAUUCCAGAAAAAUUUGAGCCAUCAAAGACCACUACAUAUACAUCAUUUUGAUCAUUGAACUCCCACAUUGAGGGAGGUCUUCAACUUCGUCAAUACUGCAUUAUCUUUGCUUCCCAAAAUGGUUUCAACUUCUCCUUCUACUACCAAGGAAGAGCAAUCCGUCGAGAAAUGGAUGGAAGGCGAUGCCGACCGCCGAGCCACCUGGUGGUACUCAACUUUCCACACUGUCACAGCUAUGAUAGGUGCAGGUGUUCUCAGUCUGCCGUAUGCGAUGGCGUACUUAGGCUGGGGUCCAGGAACGAUGAUUCUAGCGUUAUCAUGGUGCAUGACCGUGAACACAAUGUGGCAAAUGAUACAGCUCCAUGAAUGUGUUCCUGGGACUCGCUUUGAUCGCUAUAUCGACCUUGGUAGAUAUGCUUUUGGGCCAAAACUGGGGCCAUGGAUUGUACUGCCUCAGCAGUUGAUUGUUGAAGUUGGGUGUGAUAUUGUGUACAUGGUCACUGGAGGGAAAUGUCUAAAGAAGUUCAUGGAGAUGGCCUGCGCCACUUGCACACCAAUCAGGCAAUCUUACUGGAUUUUGAUAUUUGGUGGUCUCCAAUUCUUCUUGUCUCAGCUUCCUAAUUUCAAUUCUGUGGCUGGUGUUUCAUUAGCAGCAGCAAUUAUGUCCCUUAGCUAUUCAACCAUAGCCUGGGUAGGUUGCUUGGGACAUGGUCGGAUUGAUAACGUGAGCUAUGCAUACAAACAGACCACCGCAGCUGACACCAUCUUUCGUGUGUUCAAUGCUUUGGGUCAAAUUUCUUUUGCAUUUGCUGGGCACGCAGUUGUGCUAGAAAUCCAGGCUACAAUUCCAUCAACUCCUGAGAAGCCUUCAAGAAUACCCAUGUGGAAAGGUGCAAUGGGUGCUUAUUUCAUCAACGCAAUUUGCUAUUUCCCUGUAGCCCUCAUCGGCUACUGGGCUUUUGGACAAGACGUUGAGGAUAAUGUGCUCAUGGCACUCAGAAGACCUGCCUGGCUCAUUGCCUCUGCUAAUUUAAUGGUGGUGGUUCAUGUCAUUGGCAGCUACCAGGUCUAUGCUAUGCCUGUUUUUGCAAUGCUGGAGAGGAUGAUGAGUAAAAAAUUGAACUUCCCACCAGGAAUUGCACUUAGACUUGUAGCUCGAUCUGCUUAUGUAGCAUUUACGUUGCUCAUUGGAGUCUCCUUCCCAUUUUUUGGAGAUCUUCUUGGCUUCUUUGGUGGAUUUGGUUUUGCUCCCACUGCAUAUUUUCUUCCUAGCAUAAUGUGGCUGACAAUCAAGAAACCUAAGAGGUUCAGCGCCAAAUGGUUUAUCAACUGGGCUUCCAUACUCAUUGGGGUGUUCAUAAUGCUAGCAUCAACAAUUGGUGGGUUCCGCAAUAUUGUCAUCGACGCCUCCACAUAUAGAUUCUACACAUAAAUGAUGACAAAAGAUGUCAACGAGUUACCAGACUCUUUAUAUUUUCUUAAUGAUCCUUAUGUCAUGCUUUUGUUAUAUUAAGCAAGCAAUUAAUCAACCAUUUCAAUGCAAACUCUUUGAUCUCUUCCUCUACAACCUAGGAAACGUCUUGCUUUAAUUAAGCCCAGUUCUCCAUUUAUAGGAUGUUUUAUCACGUGCAAAUCCCACCAGACAGAAAGAUAGAUGCAAAGAUAGUGCUAUGGUUUUAUUAAGCUGUAUGUCAUGUCUCUAGUUCAUGUACACAUCUCUGUCUACCUUUGUAAAAGAAAAGAAAAGAUGCAAAGAUGGCAAAGGUAUUGAAACUUGGAAGGAAGUGAAAGGCUGUAAAUCUUUUGUUGUGACUAACAUAGGGAAAAAAUAAAAAUAAAAAAAAUUGUUGGAUUGUGGAGAACUUGGAGAAAAAAGUUCUCGUUUGUACAA